AUGCUGCUGGUCCUGCUGGGCUGCCUUCUGCCCGCCGCGGGCGCGGAGAGCUGCCUCCGCUGCUGGCCGGAGCUGCCCCUGCUCCUGGACUAUGACCUGCGGGUGCUGUGGGGCCCCGGGCCGCCCCGGGAGCUCUCCCGCAGCCUCCGCUCCCUGCUGCUGCAGGCGCCCGUCCCGGAGCCCGGGUACCUGGGGCGGGAGCAGCUGGAGCGGGAAGCGGCCGCGCUCUUCGCUCACAUCGACACAGCCAUUGGGAAGUUCCGCGCCGACAGACCGUCGCUCCUGGGCGAGAUGCACGUCCAGAAGCAGCUGUUUGCUGAGAGGCUGAGCAGGGCUUCCGAGGAGCUGAAGGAGCAGGCCUGCAACAGCUCCUGUGACCUGCCCUUUAAACUGGAGGUCAUCAACUGCGUCAACUGCAGAGCACACCUCCUCACCUGCAGAGACCCCACCCUCUGCCCAGGUGGCACCUCCGAGAUGUCUCAGCUCCUCAUGGCCCGCUGCAGAACAGAGCCGCCUGUCCCUGGACGCCUCCCUCGGCCACAAAGCCAGCAGGCGACAGCCCCACACCCUCUCCACCCCCAGAUCUGCUCUCCCCUUGGGGGCUCUCUUAGCAAACGGCCCCGCUCUAAGAGCUCAACCCCUGAACCAGAAAUCGCACCCCCCCCCCCCUUACCCAGUCAUGGAACCAUCAAGUCUUAGGAAAUAGUUUUUGAAUGUGUUGCCAUAUUUUCAUUCCAACACCCACCCUCUCCUCCAGGCCUCCUCACCUCUCACCCGCAGUAUGACAACACUCCGGUCACAUCUUACUCAGCAAUCAAAGAACUUUUUCUCAAGAGAAAAGCUGCCGAUGACACUCCCUGCUGGACCCAGCAGACUCUCCUGUGGGCUGGGAGCCUCUGCGUCACUCUGGCCCUGGCAGUCGUCGCUGGAGCUGCUAUAGCCCCUCCCCGGACACACCCUGCCCCGCUGCCCCUGCGCCCUCAGAAGCACCGGCUAUCGGGGUGCCUGGCCCUCAUUGAGGACAGGCCUCCAGCCUCAGCCAGGCUCUCUGGGACUAAACAGGACCUCUACAGCCCCGAGUGCACGCAGGCCCCGGGCUCUGAGAGCAGGUUGGCUCCUGGUGCCAAAGAAAAGCAGAUCUGA